UGCUCUUGUCAGCGAUUUAAAUAUUUCUAUUCCAUUGCGUUGCGAGUCAACGGAACCCACCUCGCCAACGAGCUCACGAGGGAAGGGCUAGUGUUACUUAAAACCAUUACUUGCUUCUUGGAUGGGCGCUACCGAACAGCCGAAGGAUGAUCUUACCUGCCACCAUUGUGGGGUGAAUUUAGGUCCAUACCAGAAAGGAGUCACUGAAACUCAUUAUCGGUUGCAUGAGGAGAGUGAAGCGAGCACGUCUACUCACAAUCGACAUCCCGGACCAGUGAGUAAAGCUCGAAAGACCUUUUCUCUAAGAGAAAAUGUCUUCUGGCACUCGGGACUGGAUGACGCGCCUCCGAACUUUGUCACGCCCUGUUUGAUUCCCCUCCUCAAACGAUCCUUAACGCGGCUCGUCGAGCAGAAGAAAAUAACCAGGGCUGUACUAUGUCGAGAGGAAGUAUGUCACUACGUAUCUGAGAAUAUUGAUCGAUUCUGGGGAUGUGGAUAUCGGAAUUUCAUGAUGGCUUGUAGUGCUUUGGCAGUGCAGGAAGAACAGCCAACAUACAUGUCACUACUUCAUGACGCGAAUUGUAGGAUGGAAGAUCGGCAUGUUUCUGCGGGGGAAUCUGUGUCAAGACCUCAGGAGGGUCUUAAGGGUAUGGGUAUCCGUGGACUUCAAGCUUGGAUCGAGUAUUCUUGGGAGGAAGGAUAUGAUCAGGAAGGCGCGGAUGAUAAGCACAUGAAGCGAGAGCUUCUUGGGACUAAGAAAUGGAUCGGAGCUACAGAUAUUCACGCUGCUUUCACAGCGUGCGGGAUACCGACAUACCUCGUAGACUUCAUCAGACCUAACUCAUUAAAAUCAAGACAGAAGUCAAACAAUGAAGGCUCUCCCCUGUCCGCAACCAACUCGCUCAUAAAGUGGAUAACGCAGUAUUUUGACGACACUUCAACCAGUGGAGCAGGCGACAGGACAUCACCAGUGAAUGCUUUUGGGAAAUUGAUGAGCGGAGGUGUUCUUAUCACAAAGAAAAUGCCUAUCUUUUUACAGCAUAAAGGACAUUCGCGAACCGUCGUUGGUUAUGAAAAAACUAUAUCGGGCGAAACGAAUCUGUUGAUAUUCGACCCUUCCGAGUCUGUCGGUGCUAAGCUUCGUGCUGCCGCCCUCGCCCUAUGGAAAAGUUACAAGGGGAAUCCAAACCACGUCUCACCAAAACCGACAGCAACCGUGCCAACGAAACCAUCUCAUGCGCCUAUCGUUAUAGUUCCCAAUUCUGACAAUGAACCCCCCGAUGCUGCAAGUGAUGAUGACGUUGUUCAAGUGUUGGAAGACGAGGUGAACACGCCUACUAAAAUUGUGAAGCGUCGUUCCCCGUCAGUGGUGCAGAAAUUCGUCAACACGUACAAGUACGCCACAAAGAGCAAGAAACUUCUUAGCUCGCCCACAAGGUUACCUCCAUUAUUGGAUAGGAGAAACGCAAAGAAGCGGAGUGUCCGUACCCCCCCGUCGUCCUCUGAUUCUUCGGAGGCAGAGGCAGUGCCCUCAAGAGUCACUGUGGGCAAUAAACGCGUACGAGGCGGAAAGGGCCACGAUGACGAUGACGAUGACGACGAGAUUCAGGAAAUAGACCAGCUAGACGAGGGCCAUGAGAUGGUUCUGUCCGUUAGUGAUGAGGCCACCAUCUCCAAGGAUACGCGCCCCACUACUUGGGAAGGACCUGCGUCUCCUCCCCCAACCCAUCCCGGCCCUCAAACACGAUCCAUGAUGUCAGGCGUGAAGGAUAAGAUAUCAUAUUUCAACUCAAAAGGCGCUAGUGCUGAAGAAGGCAGUGUUGAUCCGAUGACGUUGUCUGACGGGCUAGAACCUGCGAAGGUUUUAAAGGACUUCCGCGUCAGUCGAAAGGACCUCCUUAAAUUUGAUCAGUACCAAAUCUUGUGUUUCCCGCUUUGGGCACCUCUAACUGCUGUACAGCAAGAAGAUAUGAAGGAGCUCUCCUCCCCCCAAACUGGGGGACGACCAAGCCAGGAUCGGAACGCCUAUCUUCGUUCCCUUAAGUGGGAUUCCAACACGUUGCAGAGCGGAUUGUAUAUUCAGAAGCUUGUAUAUUCCGUGUACCGUAAUCAGCAACUUCUAAUUACAAGCAAAUUUAGUGCAAAUCCGUCAACUUCCUUUCAGAAGGUCAGGAGGAUGGAAGACUGGUUACCUCGAAGCGUCCUUUCUGCCAGUUACAGCCGUAGUUGCGGUGUUUUAGCCCCACAUUUUGGGGGUUAUGCCUCGAGGCUGGCCGAUUUCAGAGGUGGGGGGUUCGAGAUAAUACCAAAUGACCGGGAAGGCGGUGCCUUCGGUGAUUGAUCAUAUGUAUAUACUCGCGUCGGGAUUUGAUCCCUACUCGGGAGAUGGAGACACGAGUUAGAUUAAUCACCCGCGUUCGUCCGGUGUACGUAAUGAGCUCACACCACUUGGGAACG